CUUGUUACCGAACUGCUCGAUAAGAACUUCAUCCGAGCCAGCAGUUCACCAGCGUCAGCGCCUGUCUUAUUUGUGAAGAAGCCAGGAGAAGGCUUGCGGUUUUGCGUCGAUUAUCGGGGUCUCAAUGCGAUUACCCGCAAGGAUCCUCUUCCUCUGAUCAGACAAGCUCGCGAACGCCCGCGAGCUUGCUUCCCAACAGCUCCCGAAGUCCAUCUGCACAAAGACCCUGCACCGCCAUACCAUUGGACAAAAAUGUUCUGGUCUCCGGCUUCUAUCUGCCACUCGCAAGUGCCAUUUUCCAGGGCACGACUGACGCGCCGUCCCCUCCACCCCAAUAAUUCCCCAGCAAGAUACGGCAUUUUUGCCGUCGAGGAUGCCUAUCGAUAUCUGGCUUUGAAACCCGGAGCCUUUGGCGACUGGUAG